AUGUUCAAGAGCGGCAUUUCCACCUUCGCCAGAGCGGCCCGUCCGUCCUUUGCGGCGACCGCCACGCGACGUGCUAUCAAGCCUGCGUCUCUCCGAUUUGCCUCUACGGCCAAUGCCGGUGUUGGAGAUGGAAAGAUUCACCAGGUCAUCGGUGCCGUCGUCGACGUCAAGUUCGACACGGCCAAGCUGCCUGCCAUCUUGAACUCUCUGGAGACGCAGAACAACGGCCAGAAGCUCGUGCUUGAGGUCUCGCAACAUCUCGGUGAGAAUGUUGUCCGUUGCAUUGCCAUGGAUGGUACCGAAGGUCUUGUCCGAGGCGCCAAGGCCAGGGACACUGGCGCUCCCAUCACCAUUCCCGUCGGCCCUGCUACCCUCGGUCGCAUCAUGAACGUCACCGGUGAUCCAAUUGACGAGCGUGGCCCCAUCAAGUCCGACAAAUUCCUGCCCAUCCAUGCGGACCCGCCUGCCUUCACCGACCAGUCUACCUCUGCCGAGAUUCUGGUCACUGGUAUCAAAGUCGUCGAUCUUCUCGCCCCCUACGCUCGUGGUGGAAAGAUUGGUCUCUUCGGUGGUGCCGGUGUCGGCAAGACUGUCUUCAUUCAGGAGCUUAUCAACAACAUCGCCAAGGCUCACGGUGGUUACUCCGUCUUCACUGGUGUCGGUGAGCGUACCCGUGAGGGUAACGAUCUGUACCAUGAAAUGCAGGAGACCUCUGUCAUUCAGCUUGAUGGCGAGUCCAAGGUCGCUCUGGUCUUUGGUCAGAUGAACGAGCCUCCGGGUGCCCGUGCUCGUGUUGCUCUUACUGGUUUGACCGUUGCUGAGUACUUCCGUGAUCAAGAGGGACAGGAUGUCUUGCUCUUCAUCGACAACAUUUUCCGAUUCACCCAGGCCGGUUCCGAGGUGUCCGCUCUUCUCGGUCGUAUUCCCUCUGCUGUCGGUUACCAGCCCACCCUCGCCGUCGACAUGGGUCAGAUGCAGGAACGUAUCACCACCACCAAGAAGGGCUCCAUCACGUCCGUCCAGGCUGUCUAUGUUCCUGCCGACGAUUUGACUGAUCCUGCUCCCGCUACCACCUUCGCUCACUUGGACGCCACCACCGUCUUGUCUCGUGGCAUUUCCGAGCUGGGUAUCUACCCGGCUGUGGAUCCCCUCGACUCCACCUCCCGUAUGCUCGACCCUCGUGUUGUUGGCCAAGAGCACUACGAGACCGCCACCCGCGUCCAGCAGAUCCUGCAGGAGUACAAGGGUCUCCAGGACAUUAUCGCGAUUCUGGGUAUGGAUGAGUUGUCUGAGGCUGACAAGCUCACCGUCGAGCGUGCUCGCAAGAUCCAGCGUUUCCUGAGCCAGCCCUUCACUGUCGCCCAUGUCUUCACUGGUAUCGAGGGUAGGCUGGUCGACCUCAAGGACACCAUUGCCUCCUUCAAGGCCAUUCUGGCUGGCGAAGGUGACAACCUGCCUGAGGGUGCCUUCUACAUGGUUGGUGACCUUGCCUCGGCUAAGGUCAAGGGUGAGCAGAUUCUCGCCGAGUUGGAGAAGAACUAG